UUCAGCUCAGCUUCCAGCUCCUGCUUCACUUUCAGUUUUGCCUUCGGGUUUUUUUCGUCGCUAGUGUGAUGCUCGGGGUCAGGCCCUCAGCUCUGUUGGGGACCGCCGCUGUGACGUCACCGUGGGCCCCUGGCAGCGCGUGCCCUCCUCCUCCUCCUUCCCUCCCAGCAGCAGAACUUUGGACUCCCAGCUUGUUUGUUUGUUUUUUUUAGACUGCGGAAGAGCCGCUUUCAGUCAGAAUCCACCGCGCAGAGACUGAUCAACCUUUAAUGAAGAGAGAUCUAAUGAAAUAUUCAUGGUUUGGAUCCAUGUUGGAACUUUCUGAUGCCUUUCCAGCACGAGGACAGCCUCUGUUUCCUGGUUUGUUUUCUCCCAGAUGUGAGGUAAAACCUUUCCCCCCACAGGCCCUCAUCCAGAGGCUGCUUUCACUUUACGUUUCUUCAUAAAUGUUGGAUGUUGCUUAUGUUUGAACCUUAGCUACUGAUUUAAGACUGCAAGAUGGACGCGAAAAGGAGCAGAGGGGCUGAAGGAGGGAGCGGAGAGCAAGAAGUCGAGGAUGAGUUCGCUUGCGCUGGGAUGCUCCGAGGAUCUCUGACUUCCAUGCACGCCACAGUGGAACGAAUAUUCAGGGUGACAUUUGGAAUAGGAGCAGACGAUUUACCCAACGGGAACAACGGUCAGAUAUGGCUGAAGCUACAAGGCCAGAGCAGCGACGUGAAGGCUGCCAAACUAUUUAUAAAGGGAGUGGUGAAUCAGGAGAAUCAGCAGGAAGUCCCGUAUCCAGGACCCCUUCACUGCAUCUUCUGUGGAGCCAAAGGGCUGUUCAUGGACAGCCUGAUAAAAAACACGUCAGCACUCAUUGUGGUGGGCUCAAUUGGAUCACUGCUCAUAUCAGGUUUAGAUGAGCCGGUGGUGCAAGCCUACUCCCUGAUUGCAGACCUGGUGGCGAGGUAUGAAGGCACGCAGACCAGACGCACUGAGAUGGGGGAUAGAGGCCUGGGUGAGUCCCUGGAUUCACGGAGGGCCUUCAAAGCAUUGGUGGAGAAAUGGGAGGAUAGGCAUAUCCUGGAUCUUCUUGUACUACCAGGAGCAGUGAAGGAAAUCCUUCUGGAUUUGGUGAAAGAAUCAGGCCUUGGAUCAAGUGCAAACUUAGCACUGGUGCAUGAGAAUAUAGGUGUAAAAUUACAGGGGGACUCUAGAGAUGAAUGGGGGAAAUCCAGCGGGCAUAAUCAAACGUACCUCCAUCCUUUCAGCAGCACUGAUUGGUUGGCUGAAGGAAAGCUGGUAAAUGAUGACUCUGUGGCCAGGAACUCCUCUGUCCAAGACAUUUUUUCUCCUGUAGGCAACAGAGGAAAAGCAGAGGGGUCUGAGGAAAGACUCUUACACUCUCCCCAGGAAGUGGGAGAAGAGGAACAACUUGAGAAACAAGCAACGGGCGUCAACAUGGACAAACAACAAGGGGACAGCGAAGAGCCGGAGCGGCAGUUGUCGAUGGGAAACAAGGAGUUCUGGCUUCUUUUAAAAUUCUUCACAGCCAUGGGGUACACGGAGGACGUUGUGAAACGUGUCCUUAAAAAAACAGGACCUAAAGAGGCUUCGCAGAUUCUAGACUUGGUUCAACAGGAGCAGGAUCUCAGUGACCGAGAGCAGAACAUUUGUAGUGGUUCAGGCACAAAAAAACAAGAUGGUGUCGCUUUGGGAGAAGAACAGCCCUGUGAGACGGAGCACAAAGAGGAGGAGGAUAUACAACCAGGAGGGAGUAAAAUAAAGCAUAGCAAUGGUGAAGUAAGAGGAGUUCUGGUAGGAGAGGAAGUGGAGGUUACAAGAAACACUCCAAAACACUCUCAGGGAGAGGCCAGUGUAGAGGAAAAUGAGACAGAACAACAGGAAGACUUCGUGCUGGGGGUGAUGAAGAAAGCGGCGGCUACCUGUGGGUACACUGAGGAGAAUGUGACCAAAGUCUACAGCAUGUUGGCUGAGGGGUCCACUCACCAGCUGCUUCUGGAGCUGCAGAAAAAAGGGAGUGGUGAGACGGAAGGCUACAAGGAAAAAACUGCUGAAAUUCAUAAUGCGUUGAUGGAGAGAGAAGGACCAAAUUUUGGACCAGCGUUAACUGAAGCAAAGGGGGGAUUUGACCUAUUCAGCCAUAAAGAGAUAAGAAAUUCUGAUGAAGGACAAAUUAAAGUGCCAACACAUUCUGCACUGUUAGCAGAAGUGGACCUGUGUACCUGGGGUGAUAAACCACAACAGCUGCCUACCAAUCAAUACACCUCACAGUCCAAUUAUCAACAGCCUUUAAACAAAUUAAGACCUCACCAAGACGUCCUGCAGGAAGUCAAAGGGCCCCCCAUGCCUACGUAUUCUUCCUCCCUAGAUCCUCCACUCACCUCUCCUUUUUAUCAUAACAAGCAACAAGGCCAAAACAACUACCGGCUCAAUCCAGCUACGUCCAAACAAAAGCACCAACCUCACAUCAAUGCAACCAACUCAAAACGCCACUCUGCAAAUUCAUCAAAACAAGAGCAGCAAGCUCAGCCCAACAUCUUUUUGGGGAACGAUCCACCCUCCACCAGAGCAAGAGAUAGACAGCCGUUCAUGCCCUCCCCUUCGGUGGUGGUGACGGGAGAGCAGCGCUUCCUGGAGGGUCUUCAGACCCCCUUUCUGCUAAAACUUACAGACAAGCCUGGAGACCCGAACCUGAGGGCAAUUAUUAUCGACGGGAGCAACGUAGCAAUGAGUCACGGCUUGGGUCAUUUCUUCUCCUGCAGAGGAAUAGCUCUUGCUGUUCAGCACUUUUGGGACAGAGGUCAUCGUCACAUUAGUGCUCUGGUGCCUCAGUGGAGACAGAAGAGUGACCCCAGGAUCAAAGAGCAACACUAUAUGACAGACCUGCAGAACCUGGGCCUGCUCUCCUACACCCCCUCCAGGGAGGUCCAAGGCAAGAGGAUCAGCUCAUAUGAUGACAGAUUAAUCCUGCAGCUAGCACAAAGAAACGACGGAGUGAUAGUCACCAAUGACAACCUGAGAGACCUCUGCGAUGAGACGCCUGUAUGGAGAGACAUCAUCAAAAAGAGGCUUCUCCAGUACACAUUUGUCGGGGAUCUCUUCAUGGUCCCGGACGACCCCCUGGGCAGAGGAGGGCCUCACCUCGAUGAUUUUUUACGUCUAGGACACAGGACACCUGAUCCGGGGAAUCACUCUUUCGCCGGUGUGGCCAGCACCUUUCCUUCCUCUAAACCACCACGUUCCCAAACCGAACCCUUAAACUUUCGCGACCGGAAACCAGGAAGCGCCCUGGAUGCGCCGAGCGUCGGCGGCCGAGGCAGAGGGAAAAGAUGGGAGGCGGAUCCCCAACACAGGCAGCCCGGGGCGGCCGCUCACAGACAGCCGGUCAAUCCGGACAGGAACCCCGCAGAGACAGCUCAGCUGAGGGAGCAGCUGUUGAGCGUCUUCCCGGGACAUGACAACAUGGUGACAUUGGUGCUGCAGUGCCAUGCGGCAGAGAGAGACAUCAACGUGCUCUCUGACCUCAUCUUAGAGGAGCAGAAGAACUAGUCUCCAUUUGAGAGUUUUUAUCAAAUGUUUUUAUGCUGAAUUCCUUCAAUUUUCCCAAAUCAAUCACAACGACACAUUAUUACAGAUUAUUCAUACUUAAUCUGAGGGCUCCCUCAAAGCCUUAACAUUGAGAGCAUCCCAUCUCUGUGGUCUUAUUUCUGCUGGGAACAUUACGUUUGUGUCUUACUAUUUAUUUGAACUUCUGCUUUUAAUCUUAAACAUUUGCUUUGCACCUUAAAAUGGAAAAAAUAUCCUCUCAGAAAUUACCCUACAACUAUCAGCCCCUAAAGACUGCAACUACUGUGACUUCUGCAAUGAUUUGUCUAUAGUCUAGUAAUUAGAUGUGACUAUGGACCUCAUUUAAUGUCAAAGAUAAAUCCUCCAUAAAGCAGAGUAGUUAUAAAAAAAAACUGAUUAUAUUGCAUUUAUAUAAGGGUUACUAUUGCUAAUCCCAGCAAGUGACGGAGAAUUGCAAAUCUAGAUUUUUAGUUUUCCCCGCUGGAUUGGAUCUGAACAGUAACUUUAAGAAAGAGUAAAAUGUUUUUAAUGGUUCAGACAAGAGAUUUUUCUAUGAUUAGUUAUUUAACCACACAAUGACUCUUUUCUGAGUCUCUUAAAUCAGUACCUUUGUGAAAUUGUUCAGGCUAACUUUCAUUAAAUAGCUAAUUAGCUUAACCACACACACUGAGCCAUAUUAGCAGCUUAUCUUUUGUUUCGUUUGAAGAUGUUGAAUUAUUUAUUUUUUUUGUUUCCAGAGUGUCAUUACUAAGCAAAGAGAUCAAAUGUUUGCCUUGUAUGUUUCCAACACUUUGGUUUUAUAAACCGCUUUUGUUCAGAGGAGUGAAACUGCUAACUGUUAGCAUGCUACUGUAGAACCCAGAGUUAGCAUGCUAAUGCAGGAAACAUCUAAUAUUCAGUGGACCUUUGAUUAAAUAAUUUGUGACAAGGUGAGGUUUAUUUGCUUGGCUUACUCAGAUUUAAACAAUUGGAGGGUUUUUGAAUAUUUAGAUUCUAUUUUUAUGAAAAACAGUAAUUAACUUUCUAUCUAUGUUUCUAUGAUGUGGAUGUAGGUGUUAAUUGAUGUUUUGUGAAACACUUAUCCAAACCAAUAUGCAUUCUGUACAUUUGGUUCUAUAUUUUUAAAUAUUUGGAGGGUUUUCCAAUCUUGAUAAGUUUUUCUAUAUGAUGAAACUAUGACCAAACCAUAAAAUCAAGAACUUUAUUUUAAUAUGUUAGGGUCUCACUAUUUUUUUCACAGAUAUCAGGAUGAUUUUACUUGCACUGUUUAUAUCUGUACAUUUUAAAGUU